CGCGGGCGAACGGCGAGCGGAGGCGGCCGGGGCCCAGCGGUCUCCGAGAUGUCACGAUGGCUGUGGCCAUGGUCGAACAGUGUCAAAGAGCGAGUCUGUCGCUACCUGCUGCAACACUACUUGGGCCACUUCUUCCAGGAGGACCUCAGCCUGGAUCAGCUGAGCCUGGAUCUGUACAAGGGCAGCGUGGCCCUCCGAGACAUCCACCUGGAGACCUGGUCUGUGAACGAGGUGCUGGAGUCGCUGGAGUCGCCGCUGGAACUGGUCGAAGGCUUCGUGGGCUCCGUGGAGGUGGCUGUGCCCUGGGCCGCGCUGCUCACCGACCACUGCACUGUGCACGUGUCCGGCCUCCAGCUCACCUUGCAGCCCCGCCAGGGCCCAGGCUCGGGGGCGGCUGACUCGCAGAACUGGGCCUCGUGCAUGAGCACAAGCCUGCAACUGGCCCAGGAGUGCCUGCGGGACGGGCCACCGGAACCCUCAGAGCCGCCCCAGCCCCUGGAGGGGCUGGAGGUGUUUGCCCAGACCAUUGAGAGUGUGCUGCGGAGGGUCAAGGUGACUUUCCUGGACACUGUCAUGAGGGUGGAACACACGCUGGGGGACCGGGAACACGGCGUGGCAGUGGAGGCUCAUGUGCAGAGGCUCGAGUACUGUGACGAGGCCUUGCGGGGCUCAAGCCCGGCGCCCCCAGUGGACGUGCACCAGCCGCCCGCCUUCCUCCACAAGCUGCUGCAGCUGGCGGGGGUCCGCCUGCACUUUGAGGAGCUCUCCCCACAGGAAGAGCCCCCCGAGCCCCCUCUGCAGAUCGGCAGCUGCUCAGGGUAUAUGGAGCUGACGGUCAAGUUGAAGCAGAAUGAGGCCUUACCGGGCCCCAAGCUGGAGGUGGCUGGACAGCUGGGUUCCCUGCACUUGCUCCUGACCCCACGGCAGUUUCAGCAACUCCAGGACCUGCUCAGUGCCAUGAGCCUCGCAGACCCCGAGGGUCUGGCUGACAAGUUGAACAAGAGCCGCCCACUGGGUGUGGAAGACCUGUGGCUGAUCGAGCAGGACCUGAACCAGCAGCUGCAGGCGGGCACUGGUGCCGAGCCCGAGCCCCUCAGCCUGGACCCCCUGGUCAACCAGGACAGCACUGACCUCUUCUUCUCCAUGGCCGGCCUCACGAGCAGCGUGGCCUCCGCGCUCUCUGAGCUCUCCGAUGUGGACCUGAGCUCCUCUGUGUACAGUACCUCUCCCCACCGGCUCUCUACCCAGGCCUGCCCAGCCGGCAAGGCGGUUCCCACGCCCCUCCCAGACACCCUGCGCCCUGACUCGCUGCUGAAGAUGACCCUGGGGGGGGUGACAUUGACCUUGCUGCAGACGGCUGCCCCGGAUACCAGGCCACCUGACCUCCCCACCCACUUUUUUGCUGAGUUUGACGCCGCCAAGGACGCGCCUUUCGGCUCCCGCGACUUCCACCACCUCCGGCCACGCUUCCAGAAGGCCUGUCCCUAUAGCCAUGUCCGGCUCACGGGUACGGCCGUGCAGCUGUCCUGGGAGCUUCGGGUGGGUCCCAAGAGCCGCCGGACCACCAGCACAGACGUGCGCUUCGGGCAGCUUGAGGUGCUGGAGUGCCUGUGGCCCAGGGGCACCCAGGAGCCCGAGUACACGGAGGUCCUCAGCUUCCCCAGCAGCCCGGGUUCCCAGGCCUCCGCUCAGCCCUGUGCCCACCUGCGCCACACCCAGACCCUGCGCCGAGUGUCCAAGAGCCGACCCCGGCACCAGACCACCUGCCACUGCCACUCAGAGCUGGCCCUGGAGCUGGCCAACUUCCAGGCGGACGUGGAGCUCGGAGCCCUGGACCGGCUUGCCGCCCUGCUACGCCUGGCCAGCAUGCCCCCCAAGCCGCCUCCUGAGCCUUCUGCCAGCCUGAUGACAGAGCCCCCACUCGUGGCCGAGCAGCGGACAGUGGUGUGGCUCUCGGCGCCCCGGGCCACGCUGCGGCUGCGCUUCCCCAUCGCUGACCUGCGGCCCGAGCGGGACCCCUGGGCCGGCCGGGCUGUGCGGGCUGAGCAGCUGCAGCUAGAGCUGAGUGAGCCCCAGUUCCGGUCGGAGCUGAGCAGCGGACCUGGCCCUCCUGCCCCUACCCGCCUGGAACUGACCUGCUCCGACCUGCAUGGCACCUACGAAGAGGGAGAGAAGCCGCCCGUCCCCUGCCUGCGUGUCUCCAAAGUCCUGGAUCCCAGAGGCCCAGGACGCAAGUACUUCCUGCCCCAGGUAGUGGUGACCCUGAACCCGCAGCACAGCAGCUCCCAGUGGGAGGUGGCACUGGACAAGGGGGAGGAGCUGGAGCUGUCAUCGUCCGAGAACCCCUGCGAGCUGCGGGAGCCCGAGCCCUCGCCCUUCUCCUCCAAGAGGACCAUGUAUGAGACCGAGGAGAUGGUGAUUCCUGGAGACCCUGAGGAGAUGAGGGCAUUCCAGAACCGGACGCUGGCACUGUCCCGCUGCAGCCUGGAAGUGACCCUGCCCAGCGCCCACGUCUUCCUGCCCAGCAAGGAGGUCUAUGAGAGCAUCUAUAACAGGAUUAACAAUGACCUGCUCAUGUGGGAACCCGCCGACCUGCUCCCCACGCCCGGCCCCUCCACGCACUUUCCUGGCUUCCAAGGCCCCUUCAAGAUGUGCAAGUCAGCCUUCAAGCUGGGGAUCCCCGGAUCUUGCUCCGACUCCACUGCCUUCAUCUCCCCGCCAGACUCAGACUCCGAGGAUGAGGACACCCGCUUCUUCUCAGUGGGUGCAUCGGGCGCCCCCCAGCCCUCCCCACCCAAGCCCCCGAGCCCACACUCCCAGAGUACCUUCUCCACGCUGGUGACAGUGCUGAAGGGCCGGGUCACUGCCUUCUGUGAGACCAAGGGCGAGGGUGGGCAGCGGCUGGAGGGUGUGCACGGGGAGCUGCUGCUGGACGUGGAACACUGCACUCUGUUCAGCGUCUCCCAGCACCUCGGCCAGCCAGGGCUCGGCUACUUCUGCCUGGAGGCUGAGAAGGCCAACCUCUACCACCGAGCGGUCAUGGAUGACUGCCUACUGCCCACUCACCUGGAGCUUCCAAGCUUCACGCCUCCAGCCCAACUGUCCCCAACCAUCUACCCCUCGGAGGAAGGGGUGGCUGAGCGGGGUGCCUCGAGCCGCAAGGGCCAGGGCCGGGCUCCCCACAUGCUGUCCGCCGCUGUCCGCAUCCACCUGGACCCUCAUAAGAACGUCAAGGAAUUCCUGGUGACACUGCGAUUCCACAGAGCCACCCUGCGUCACUGCAUGGCCCUGCCUGAGCAGAGCUGGCACUCCCAGCUACUGGAGUUCCUGGAAGUGCUGGAUGACCCAGUGCUCGGCUACCUGCCCCCAACAGUCAUCACAGUUCUGCACACACAUCUGUUCUCGUGCGCCGUGGACUACAGGCCUCUCUACCUCCCUGUGCGUGUCCUCAUCACUGCCGAGACCUUCAGUCUGUCCAGCAACAUCAUCAUGGACACCUCCACCUUCCUGCUCAGGUUCAUUCUGGACGACUCCGCCUUGUACCUGUCCGACAAGUGUGAGAUGGAGACCCUGGAUCUACGGCGAGAUUACAUCUGCGUCCUGGAUGUUGACCUCCUGGAGCUCGUGAUCAAAACCUGGAAGGGGAACACUGAGGGUAAACUGAGCCAGCCGCUGUUCGAGAUACGGUGCUCCAGCAACGUGGUGCAUCUGCACAGCUGUGCCGACUCCUGUGCCCUUCUGAUCAACCUGCUGCAGUACGUAACGAGUGUGGGCGACCUGCACCCCCCACCCCGGCCCCCCAGCCCCACGGAGAUCGCCGGCCAGAAGCUCUCUGAGAGCCCUGCCUCCCUGCCCUCCUGUCCCCCCGUGGAGACAGCCCUCAUCAACCAGCGGGACCUGGCCGAUGCCCUCCUGGACAGCGGGCGCAGCCUGCGGGAGCUGGCCCAGCCGGCAGGCGGCACCCUCCCUCAGGCCUCGCCUGUGUCGGUCUACCUGUUCCCAGGUGAGCGGAGCGGGGCCCCGCCCCCGUCGCCGUCCACCGGGGCCUCUGGUGGCAGUUUGGGGUCGGAGGACAAGGAAGAUGACAAGGAAGAGGAGACGGACGGGGACACCCUGGACAGUGACGAAUUCUGCAUCCUUGAUGCUCCCGGCCUGGGCAUCCCGCCCCGAGACGGGGAGCCCGUGGUGACACAGCUGCAUCCAGACCCCAUCGUCGUGCAGGACGGGCACUUCUCCCGGCCGCUGGGCAGCACGGACCUGCUGCGGGCGCCCGCCCACUUCCCAGUGCCCAGCAGCCGCGUGGUGCUUCGCGAGGUCUCCCUGGUCUGGCACCUGUACGGUGGCCGAGACUUCAGCCCCCACCCUGCCCACAGGACGAAAGUCGGCCUCUCGGGCCCUAGGAGCUCUCCUUCCCGCUGCUCCGGCUCCAACCGGCCCCAGAACUCGUGGCGCACGCAGGGGGGCAGUGGGCGGCAGCACCACGUACUCAUGGAGAUCCAGCUUAGCAAGGUGAGCUUCCAGCACGAGGUGUACCCCACGGAGGCGGCGCCCAGCCUGGGGCUGGAGGAGCAGCCGCUGUCCCGCCAGGUGUUCAUUGUACAGGAGCUGGAGGUACGCGACCGCCUGGCGUCCUCCCAGAUCAACAAGUUCCUGUACCUGCACACGAGCGAGCGCAUGCCGCGGCGCGCCCACUCCAACAUGCUCACCAUCAAAGCACUGCACGUGGCCCCCACGACCAGCCUGGGGAGCCCCGAGUGCUGCCUGCGGGUCUCGCUGAUGCCCCUGCGCCUCAACAUCGACCAGGACGCCCUCUUCUUCCUCAAGGACUUCUUCACUAACCUGGCGGCUGGCAUCAACCCCAUGAUUCCGGCCGAGGCUCACCCUGAGGCCUGCGUCCGGCCCAGCAGCCCGCAGGAUGGGCAGCCCAAGGGCGCAGCGGUGACUGGUCCACAAGAGACUGCGGGUGGCAGCCGAAGGGCCUCCCCGUCAGAGCAGCAACCCAUCUACUUCAGGGAGUUCCGCUUCACGUCUGAGGUCCCCAUCUGGCUGGAUUACCACGGAAAGCACGUCGCCCUGGAUCAGGUGGGCACGUUUGCUGGCCUCCUCAUCGGCCUGGCCCAGCUCAACUGCUCCGAGCUAAAGCUGAAACGGCUCUGCUGCCGGCAUGGGCUCCUGGGUGUGGACAAGGUGCUGGGCUAUGCCCUCAACGAAUGGUUACAGGACAUCCGUAAGAACCAGCUGCCUGGGCUGCUCGGGGGCGUGGGCCCCAUGCACUCAGUCGUCCAGCUCUUCCAAGGCUUCCGGGACCUGGUGUGGCUGCCCAUCGAGCAGUACCGCAAGGACGGGCGCCUCAUUCGGGGGUUGCAGCGGGGGGCCGCCUCCUUCGGCUCCUCCACUGCCUCCGCCGCCCUGGAGCUCAGCAACCGCUUAGUGCAGGCCAUCCAGGCCACAGCUGAGACGGUGUACGACAUCUUGUCCCCCGCGGCGCCCAUAUCGCGCUCCCUGCAGGACAGGCGCUGUGCACGAAGGCUGCGCAAGGGCCAGCAGCCCGCAGACCUCCGGGAGGGUGUGGCCAAGGCCUAUGACACGGUCCGAGAGGGCAUCCUGGACACGGCUCAGACCAUCUGCGACGUGGCGUCUCGUGGCCAUGAACAGAAGGGGCUGACGGGCGCCGUGGGAGGCGUGAUCCGCCAGCUGCCCCCCACAGUGGUGAAGCCGCUCAUCCUGGCCACGGAGGCCACGUCCAACCUGCUCGGGGGCAUGCGUAAUCAGAUCCUCCCCGACGCCCACAAGGACCACGCUCUCAAGUGGCGUUCGGAGGAAGCCCAGGACUGA